UGCACGUCAUCGCCUGACGCCGAGGGUUGGGGUGUGCAAGGCGCAGAAGUUAUAUUGCUUUAAACUUACAUACUUAAAACUUUCUUUUUAAUAACUUUCUUUUGUAUUUUAUUUCAUAAACUCACAGACUCGUCUUUUUAGUUUUUAAAACGAUCCUUCAGCUCUACGAAAGAUGAUUGAUCAGGUGACCGGAGCCGGGGCUCUGCCCUUUGCCCUCCAGCUCAAAGCUCUUCUGGACCAUGAAGCCAGAUGUCAGCCCAAACUCUGUGGCCUGCGGGUCAUCGAGUCCGCUCCAGACAACGGUCUGAGGAUGACGGUCAAGCUGAGAGACUUUCAAGUCCGGGAAUUUCUCUCCUUGACGCGGUUCUUUGGCUUCAGUUCGGAGACGUUCUCCCUCGCCGUGAAUCUUCUCGAUCGGUUCCUGGCUGUGAUGAAGAUCCAGCCCAAGCAUCUGGCCUGUGUGGGUCUGUGCUGCUUCUACAUCGCUGUGAAGACCUCUGAAGAGGAGAAGAGCGUUCCUCUGGCCAGCGACCUCAUCAGGAUCAGCCAGAACCGCUUCACGGUCCACGACAUGAUGAGGAUGGAGAAGAUCGUUCUGGAGAAGCUCUACUGGAAGGUCAAGGCUCCGACCGCCCUUCACUUCCUCCGACUCUUUCACUCUCGCAUUCAACAGCAGCUGGACGCAGAAACUAAGCGGAGUCUGAACAUCGAGAGGCUGGAGGCUCAGUUGAAGGCUUGCCAUUGCUCCUUUACCUUCACUAAGAUCAAGCCGUCUCUGCUUGCCUUGGCUCUUCUGGCUCUGGAGACUGACGAUCCGCACGAGUGUGAGCUGAUGCCUGCUCUCAGAGAGGCUCUGGAUGCUCUGCAGGAGACUCUGACUGUUAAAGCUGGAGAGCUGGUUUGUGUGCGGGAGCUCGUGGCUAAAUGUCUGUCUGAAUACUCUUCCUCCAAGACCCUGAGGCCGAACGGCCAGAGACUGCGCUGGAUGAUCUCGGGUCGAACCGCCAGACAGCUGAAGCACAGCUACUACAAGAUCGCCCAUCUCCCCACGAUCCCCGAAUACACCUGUUAACCCCUCGGUGUCGAGCGACCUGUAAUUCCUCAACACUGGUUACAGGCGCCUGACACUGAAGUCUUAACAUCUCUGCUUACUUUUCCUUUCCUUUCCUUCAGUCUUUGUUCUCUUUGAAACCCGACUGUAUUUAUUUCACGUCUUGAUGGCUAGUCAAGGGUGAGUUUGAGCGCGUGAGGCUCGCAGGUGUACAGUAUGUUCAUCUGAAUCGGCGCAGACGCGCUGGUUGUUUGAAGCGGUGAAGUAUAGAACCGCCUAGGUCCUCAAUCCACCGUGUGGAAGAGGAGGGAGAAGGGUUUUGAGAUUCAACACAACAACAUCAGAACCAAGAGAUCAGGCCCAAAACCCUUAACUCCAGCCCUAGGUUGUCAGCUGUCGUAAUGCACACUCCUACCCAAGGUGAUGAAACCAGAUUUUUAUUUUAUUUUUUUCAUUUAUGAUGCCGUUCUGCUAGUAUAAUCUGGAUGGCUAUGGAAAUGCAGGCUUUGAUAUGCCUCGAAUAGGAACGAAAAUCACUAAUUGGUUACUAAACCGACCAGCUCAUUUUACAUUUGGUUACUACUAAAGUCAUUUAAACGCAUAAAAAAUGAGUGCUACAAAUAAAGCGGCUUGAAGUCUAGACUCUGCUUUGGCUGUAAUAUUGAAGUUGAGAGCAGCGUUCGUGGAAAUGAUGUAGUUGAACCUUUCAAUAAAGACAACAUUGAAAUGUGAAA